AGUCCGAGGAGCUACGGAGAGUCGACGCGCGCAAGCGCAACUCGUAUACUUCGUGUUGCCAUCUUGACGUAGAAAGUUGAGGAAAUCUACAAUUUUUGACAGCGUUGAAAAUAUUGAAAAACGCUUCAGAUGAUGUAAUUAAUUUGGCGAUUGCAUAUCUGGAACAUUUCCUAUACAGUUGCAAUGCAGUCUAGGCCAAGGGUUAGUGGUGAGAGGUCCAUGGCCCCAAUGCUGUUCCCUGGGACAAAUCCCAGCCUCCCCUCCCAUAUCCCCAUACAAAUGGCUGCUGCGCCAGCACAAGGAUAUGCUUCAUCGAUUGUGUCCACUGGACCAUUUCCAACUGCGGUCAUCCAGAACACAGGAAGCAGGCCUAUGGAUCCCCAGAGUCUUGGCUCUCGUCCAAGUCAGAACUUAUUCCCGAUCUCCUCCCAUUCUUUGGGGCUUCAGGCCAACCAGACAGUGUUUCCACCACCCCUGGUCAGCCAGUCCUGUGGUUCUGGGGGGAUUUGCUCCACGUCUUCGGGGAACCGCAUAACACAUACCACUGUGUUUCCCACCCUGGGGACAGGCGGAGGAAUACGGCAGACAAUCCCCACUCACUAUUACGCCUCAGGGAGUGGUUCUCCACACCUUACUCUGCCAAUGAGCCCAAAUCUUUUACAUAUGUCAGGUGGAGGUAUCCCCCAAAGUCCAGUCUUGGCAUAUCCAGGGACUCCAUUUGUUAUCAGUGGAGGAAGGAGCCCAGGAAUUCCGGGAACACCCCACCCCCCAGGGCACAUACAGCUCCUGCCAAGACCCUCAGGAACCCUGAGCCCGAGUACCCCUCACAUGCUGAGCCCCACUGCAGGGAAUCCAAAUAUCAAUGCUAGUGCUAUCAGUCCUUGUGGAAGCUUUCCAGUAUCCAUGGCUGGGGGGUUAAUUUUCUGUUCUCCUAUGGUAGCCAGUACUUUACCUGUGACAACCACUGUAAGUUCCCCCCAUAAUACAAUGCAAAUGAACCAGGUCAAAGGUCGAAUGGAGGAGCAGGCCACUGACCUGUCAAUCAAACCUGGUGAAGAAACAGAAGGGGAAACUAAAAAGACAGAAAAUGUGAAAAUUGAAGCAAAAGUUGAGGCAGAAAAUGAUAAACCGGUGGAAAAAGAGAAAUAUGUGAGAUUUAAAAAUAUGGAUUUUGGGAGCUACAAUGAAGAUGGAGUGGCAGUUGAAUAUGAUGGCUCUGAUUUUGUGUGGGAGGAAUACCUAGAAGACACAGGAUCAGUUGCUGUUCCUAAUGAAGCCUUUAAACAUGUGGAGUAUAGCUUAGAAAGUGGCUUUGUGAAGGGAAUGAAGUUGGAGGUUCCAAACAAAUGUAACAUAGGGACUUAUUGGGUGACCUCAGUCAUCAUGACGUGUGGACCAUUACUACGGUUACGGUUUGAUGGUUAUGAAGAGGAUUCCUCUGCUGAUUUUUGGUGUGACCUGAUUUCAUCAGAAAUUCACCCAAUUGGAUGGUGUGCCCAAAAUAAUCAAGUUCUGCAACCUCCUGAAGCUAUUAAAGACAAGUUUGAAGACUGGCGGGAGUUCUUAGUGAAAUCCUUGACAGGAGCAAGAACUGCCCCAUCAUUUCUCUUAGACAAAUCAACAGGAACUACUCCGGUGGACCAGUUAAAGCGAGGAAUGAGGUUAGAGCUGCAGCAUGCCAUCAAUCCCGUGGAUGUGUGGCUAGUCAAAGUCAUUGAGAACGUGGGUGGACGUCUUUAUCUGCGCUUAGAGGGGGCAGAGUCUGGGUUACAUGACUUCUGGCUCUUCUAUUUAAACCACAGGAUUCACCCCAUUGGCUGGGCUAAGGCCAAUGGCUACAAGUACAGUCCUCCACCUGAGCUGAUAAUGCAAUUUCAAGAGGAAGUUGAUUGGAUGAAAGUUUUGGAAACAGCUUUAAGGGAAUCAGAGAAAAUGGUGCUACCUUUAGCCAUAUUUAAGGACCAAGAAGAAAUUCAUGUCCACCGCUUUAAGAAAGGCUGGAAGCUUGAGGCGCUGAAUCCUUUGACAACGAAUCAGAUCUGUCCAGCAACAGUGAUUAAAGUGUUGGACUGUCGCUACUUUGUGGUGGAGAUUGACAGUUUAACAGAGGACCCUUACCCAAUUAGAUUUUCAUGCCACUCAAGGUCAAAGUUCAUUUUUCCAAGUGGGUGGUGCAAGAAAAAUGACAUUGACCUUACCCCACCGAAAGGUUGGCGCAAGAAUGACUUUGACUGGCAAGAAUACUUGACAUUCUGCAACGCAACAGCAGCCCCUGAAUUUGUUGUGCCGCAGAGUGAAAACUUAUUUGAGGUUGGAAUGAAAUUAGAAGCAGUGAAUCCUGAGAAUCCGAAUCAGAUUUGUGCUGCCACGGUAACCAGGGUUGCUUGCCCUUUGCUUUGGAUUCACCUAGACAAUAAGAGGAAAUCAGCAAGCAGCCAUAUUGAACACAUGCACUCUCAUAAACUUUUCCCGGUCGGAUGGUGUGCCAGCAAUAAUUACCCAUUACAACCUCCAAAGAAAGCCCAUAAAGCUGUAAAGACUGUCAAUACAACAGACAGGAAACAAGUUAAUUUGACAGAUGAAGCUUACUCACAGAGUCAGCAGAAUGAAGAAAACUGCUGGUGUCCAAAGAUUUAUUAUAACCACAAGUGUUUCUCCGGGCCCUACCUCAGUAAAGGGAGGAUUGCCUCCCUCCCUAAGUGUGUUGGACCGGGCCCAGUGGGCCUCGUUAUGAAGGAGGUUCUGACCAAUCUCAUCAACGUUGCCUACAAGUCUUUCAGGGUGCUCAAAGAACUACAGCUAGAAGGAAAACCAAACCCCAAAAUGCAGCAACAGACAAUUAAAGCCAAAUAUAAAGGCAAGAGUUACAGAGCUGUGGUAGAAAUCUGUCGAGAUAUCAAUGGGCUGGACAACUUUUGUCGACACAUCUGUAAGAAGCUGGAGUGCUGUCCCAAUUUGAUAAGUCCGCAUCACUACAACGAGAACUGCCCCGAGAACUGUGAUCAACUCACCAAAACUAAAUAUACUCAAAUCUUUGGAAAGAAAGUUCCGGGAAGAGUGGGUCGGCCACCCGGAGGUCACAGCAACCUGGAGAAUGGCCCAAAGAAGCCAGGCAAGCGGGGCCGCAAACGGAAGAAGCUGAUGGUUCUUGACGAGCGUGGGGACAACAACGAGCGUGGGGACAACAACGAGCGUGAGGAGAACAGCGAGGAGGAUCGGGAGAGUGUGGUCAGCGACACGCAGACCAUAGCCAGCAACGACUCCAACGACCCUGAGAGCAGGAAGUUCAAACGCAAAUAUACUCACCACAUUCCGCCCCCCUCAGAGAUUAGGACACGCGGAGCUAAGCUCCCCAAGUACAGUUUCGAGAGGAAGACACAUAAGAAGGUUCUUAUGCCAUUGUCAGAGAUGGCUGAGGGGUCUGCAAGGCAGGCAGCUAGGAACCACAGCUUUUUGACACAUAAACCUAUGCAUGUUCCAUCACCUGAGAAGAAGGUAAAAGUAGACACCCUACACCUGACCAGCAACCCCCUGAAGUGGUCAGUGAAUGAGGUGGUCAAGUUCCUGAAGACCACAGACUGUGCCAACCUUGCCAGAAUAUGCAAAGAACAGGACAUAGAUGGACAGGCAUUGCUGUUACUGACCUUGCCUGCAGUUCAGGAGUUCAUGGAUCUCAAGCUUGGUCCAGCCGUCAAGUUCUGUCACCAAAUUGAGCGAGUCAAACUCGCAUUCUUCACUCAGUUUGCCAAAUAGUCAAUGCUCAGUGUUAGGGCUUUAGUUGUGAUGUACAAAUCAUAAGGUACAGCUGUUAUUAUACUCAUUACACGAUCAGAAUUAGAGAUUCAUGCAUACAAUCUGAGUGUUCAUUAAAAUGAGUGCUGUGGUAAGACUGACUUGUACAUGAAGUCCGAAAACCUGUUUUUGAGUACUGACAGAAUUGUGUUAUAAAUGGUUCAAAUGCUCUUUAUACAAUCUAUGUGUCAUAAUUGAAGACUGCACUUGUGGACUUGCAGAUUCAGAAGUGUUCAUUUCAUUGAAACAAAUUGAAAUCCAUGUGCUAAUAUUAUAGAGAGAUUCUGAAAUUUUGUUGUUGUAUUGUUAUCAGCUAUUAAGUCAAAAUUUUUCAUUUGAAACAUCUUUUGAAUUUUUUUUAUCAGUAUUUAUGUUUUUACUAUCAUGAUUUAAUGUGUAUAAUAAAUAUUUGGGAACAAUAAGGAUAAUCAAUCUUUAAAAUACAUGCACCAGUAAAUUCUUGAUUUCAGAUAUGUAGAAUCCCAUUUAUUAAAAAAAAAAAUUGUUACCAGAAUCAGACAAUUUAAUUUCUCAGUAAAUACAUGUAUGUGUGUAUGUAACACCCCAUUGUUAUUUUUAAUUUUGCUUAAAGAAGCACAAAGUUCAGACGUAUUGCAUAUUUAUUUUAAGGUUUAAGAAGUAGAAACUUCCACUCUUUAGAAGAGGUGCUAAAAGGAGUGCAUUAUUACAGAGUUGAUAAGGUACUCUGCUGUAUGUAUUGUUAUCUUCUUACCAAACAAGUGUGAUUUGUUCUCCUCUGUUUGUUUUACAUUUCAUUCUUUGUUAAAUGGUGUUUAGAACAAGGUUCUUUGAUUGUGAAUUUUAAGAAUUAUUGAAACUGUUUUAUUUCUUAUUUGUACAAUGUAAUCAUGUUCAUGAUUUUUUUUCUCGUUUUUUAAAUAUGAAUAAAUUUG